UAACAUUUGUAAGGGCAUCCGGCAUAUGCGAUAGCGGGUGGACCACACACGUGGUCUGUACUCUCAGUCUCCCUACCCGUCAACUGUUGAGCUGACGGCCAUUGCACAGUACGUUCAAUGACGGCACUUGUCGUUAAGUCAAUGUAUUGAUGUUUGCUAACUUUAUUGUUUCGACCAGUAUGUUAGAAUUUGCUAAUUUCAUCGACAAUAAUCAUUAUCAUGGAUAUCCUAGUGCGUUGUGUUGUAAGAUAGUUUUGGCAGUGGCCAGUAUUACAGUUAAACGAGUUACACAUGUGCUGAAGCAUCUUUAAACAAGAGUCGAUUAUGAGGAUCAACAAAUUGAAACUGUUAAAUUACCAUAUCGUUUUUUUACUUCAACUUCUGAUAUGCAUUCCUCAAGUAUGGAGUUUGCUGAAAUCCAAAAGCAAACUUCAAUACUGCGAAAAAACUCAGUCGAAAUGUGUAGUUACGAAUUAUACGAUGUGUCUUGGUGUAAAACUACCAUACAACUCAACUUCUAUAGAUCUUGUUUCAGACGCUGAUACUCUUGAAGAAGCUCAAGAAAAGUUACACUAUUGGCAAGGACUCAAGAAGGUUCCAAAAUGCUGGGCAGCUAUUCAACCACUUUUAUGUGCCUUGUACAUGCCUAAUUGUGAAAACAAUAGCAUUCAUUUACCACCUCAGGAAAUGUGUAAAUUGAUUGAAAAUCAUUGUCAAAUAUUGAAAAUAGAAAAUUCUUGGCCAUCAGAAUUUAAUUGUGACAAUGAAACUUUGUAUCCUCCAAGAUUAUGCAAGAACGAUAUACGUGAAUUAAAAUUUAACUCUACUGCUGGCCGAUGUGAAUCCCCACUUGUACAGACUUAUAGACCCGAAGCAUAUCAUUAUCCUAAUUUUGAAGGCUGUGAUCUUCAGUGUUAUGAUCCUUUAUUUUCAAUGGAUGAACAUCGGCAAAUACAUAAUCUAAUAGCGUGGACUGCCACAAUUGCUGGCAUAUGUAAUACUUUUGCUAUUCUCACAUUUAUGAUAGAAUGGCAAUCUUUAAAUCGUUAUCCAAAUAUCGUCAUUCUUUAUAUAAAUGUUUGUUUUCUGUUCAUUUGUUUUGGAUGGUUAUCUCAGUUUUGGUCUGGAGCAAGAGAUGAUAUAGUAUGCAGAAAAAAUGGAGCAAGAAAAACAUCAGAACCUAGUGAUGAAGACUUAUCUUGUGUAAUCAAUUUUAUAUUUUCUUAUUACUUUUUGAUUGCUGCAUUUAUUUGGUUUGUAAUUUUCACCUAUUCACUUCAUACAACAUUUCAAUCUUUUGGUAAAAUACAAGAAAAAGUUGAUAAGAAAGGUGGAUAUUUUCAUUUAUUAGCUUGGUCUAUACCAUUAGUGUUUUGUGUCGUCGCCAUGGUGAUUGGAGAAAUUGAUGGCGAUAGUGUUACAGGCACUUGUUUUAUUGGUGUCAAUAAUAAAAUAUAUAGACUUUUAUUUGUCCUUGUACCAAUAUCAAUAUCAGUGGGAAUUGGAUUAUUUUACUUAAUUCGUGUACUAUUUGGCCUUCUAGCAUUAAAAAAAGAAAGCACUCAAGUUAUUUCUAAACUAGCUAAGUCAAAAAUUCAUUCAGCAGCAAUUAAAGUUGUCAUGUUUAUGAUCCUCAUUAUAAUAUUUAUAUCAUCAAUGUUUAUGUGUUACAUACAUGAAUAUAGUAAUGAUCAAUUAUGGAAAGAUAGUCUCAGAAAAUAUAUUGUGUGUAAAUUAGGAAUAAUACCAGACACAGAUGUUGCUAGUUGUCAUAUUGAGUUUAGGCCUAGUGUUUCAAAAAAACAAUUGUAUAUUUUAGUGCUGUUUGGUAAUGGAGUACUCAUGUCAUUUUGGGUAUGGACAAAUCAAAUUGGAAAUGCAUGGCGAGAGUGUUUGAUUAGAUGGCUUAAAAAGUGGCGAGGGCAAGAGCAAAGAAAUCAAGAUUCAACUAAAUAUAAUAAACAUAAAUUAAUUGCAAGUGCAUUUGCAAAAAGACAUCAACUGAAUAGUGACGAUUUUACUGUUACUUUUUCAAAAGAAGAUCCUUUUGGUAAUUUAUUCAUAAACGGGUUGGUCUUUGGUCUAAAUAGCAAUUUAACAGACAAUAUUAGUUCUACUUGGGCUGCAGCAUUGCCUAAAUUUAUACGACGUCGCGGUGCUCUGACUGGUGAAGAACAACUCUCAAAAUCAUCUUCAUACAUGCAUUCUGAUUCAGAGAUUAGUUAUAGUAUGUGUAGAAUUUCAGUAGAAUCUCGAAGUCAUUCAUUAGACUCUACUAUAUCUGUGAAAGCAUUUGAAAUGACAAGAAAAGUACGUCGGUUUUCUAAGCAUACUAAGAAAAAGCAUAAACGUGGUAAUAAGUUGGUAUGUAAACUACCUUCAUCUCAAAAAGGUAGUGUUACGUCACAGGAUAUAAAUCAAUUAAUGUUGACGUUUCCUGCAUUCCAAAAUGUUUUUUCAUUACCUGAUGUCACAUCUCAAGCAGCUCCUGUUCCUAAUUUAGAAAGGAGAGAAGCAUCAGCGGGCAUUGACGAGGGACUUAAAGAGCAAAUGAAAACUUUAAGAAAUAUUUCUAUGUCAUCUCUUAACUUAGUAAAUAGUAAAUUGCUACAAAUGAGCCUUAAAGGAUUAAGUGGUAGUGAUCAAUCAGAACAGUUUAUGCUAGAAGACUACUUUAAAUGUGAUAAUAAUAGUUUGUACAAACCAGUAGCAUUGAUGGACAGUGAUGAUGGACAGAAAUUAUCUGACAAAACUGACUCUGAUUGAAGUCAUGGAUGUAUUUUUUCCUAAAUUAAUUAGGAAUAUAGUUCCUAAAUUGAACGAGACUGAUUGUCAUUAACUAUGUGCUCAAUAUUUAUUGCUUUUGUACCAUUGAAGUAACAAUUUUCAGAAUUGAUUACAAUUUGUAUUAAGAUUUUGUAUAAAAUUGAUGGGACAUAAUAACUUGGCACAUUUAUUUUUAUACUACCAUUUAUAACUACCCCCCCCCCAAUUUUAAAUACCUUUAAAAUUAUAGGUUGUAGUGAUUUUUAUACCUAAGUUAAUAAUUGAACUUUUAAAUUGUUACUAAAAAUUAUGGUUAUUUAAGUUAUAAUAAUUGAUUUUAAAAUAGUUUUGUUCAAAAAUGUUUGCUAUAUUAUUGGCUACUUGAUUUUAUUAACACAUUGUAAAU